UUCAAGAGAACGCUAACGCCUUGCUUUUUUGAUAAUGUUUUUGAAAAUAUUGGCAAGACCGGAAAUGGUUGCAACAUCGUCAGUUGCAAUGCCUCCAAUUCCUCCAAUCAGGAAUAAGCAACAAAUCGCCUGUUUCACUUCACACAUGCUCAGUUUAGUCCUUAUUCCACAAGUGAGGAAGCAGAGUUCUGUGUCAGACAGCAGAAUUUAGAGGGGAUAAAACUAAUUUUGAGGUCUCAGCUACCCACUUCGAGCUAAGCAGCAGCCCAGUCAAACAUUCUUCACUUUUCUGGCUUUUACCAGGUGAGCUGAUCUUAAGAAGGUGUUCAUCAGACUGUCAUCCAUAUUUUUUUAAAGAUGUCCUACCCAACAACUCUGUUUAAAAUUGGUGGUGGAGGAGGUUCGCCAUUUUCAUUGACUGGUAAGAACAAUGGUGCCAGUUUAGAGAAGAUCGGGGUCUGGGUGGGAGGAUCUCAGGUGAAGGCUGUCAGGAUUUGGCUUUCAGAUGGCAGAAGAGAAACCUUUGGCAAUCCAGCCGGACCGUAUCAAGAGUACACGUUCAAGCCUGAUGAGUGUUUCACCUCACUGUCCCUCUGGGGGAACGGAGCAGGAACACGUCUUGGAGCCAUCAAAUUCAAGACCAGUGGGGGUGCAGAAUUUUUUGCAAAAAUGACAAGCUGGGGUUUAAAACAAGAAUAUCCCAUUGAUAUCGGCUCUGGUUAUUGUUUGGGAGUUGUAGGAAGAGCUGGUGCAGAUAUUGACUGCAUGGGAUUCAUGUUUAUCAAUGAAGUUCAAUCAACCGUUCUCACCAAUGUCAACUAUCCCACAAUAAACCAACUGAUACCAAAGGUGACCGUGGAAGAGCUCAAAUCCGUCACUUACACAAACGACACCUCUGCCAAACAACAGCAAACGGUCGAAACCUCAAAGGAAGUGAUCGAAACAUCUUCAUGGUCGAUGAGUGUCAGCUUUACAGCAACAUUUAGUGUGGAAGUGAAGGCAGGGAUUCCAGAGAUUCUAGAAGCUUCUACAGGAUACAGUUUCAGCGUUGGAGCAGAAAGCACUUACAAGCAUGAGUACACCAAUGAGAAAACCGAAACUCUGACUACCACUGUAGAUGUGCCACCAAGAAAGAAGGUGGAUGUUGACAUCACCAUCGGCAGAGCCACGUCUGACCUGCCUUACACUGGCACAGUGAAGAUGACUUGCAAGAAUGGCAGUGUGUUACAGUAUGAAACCAAGGGCCAAUACAAAGGGAUCACUUACACUAAUAUCAAAGUGAAAACUAAAGAAUCUGAUCUGUAAUGUAAAUGUUAAUGAUUGUUCUUGGCUGGGCUUUAUCUGAUUUUACCAGCAAUGCAUCACUUUUAUAUGAUUUGUUUGCAGGCACGUUGCACACAUAGAUAUCAAAGGGGGCUUGAGCACCUGUCCUUUUUCUUCCUUGAGAGAAAGUGCCCUUUUUUCU